AUGUCUGAAGCCGCUGGUAGAAUUGCGAAACCGGUGCUGCGCGGUCUUCACAAUGCCACCAUCAAGCGCAACCUGAUCGUGUCCAGCGUCCUGUGCACCAUUGCCGUCGUUGCCAUGAAAGUGAUGCACAACGACCCCAAGGUGCAGGACUACGCCGAGUUCUAUAAGACCUAUGACGCGAACAAGGCUUUCCAGCGCAUGAAGGAUGCCGGUCUGCUGCAAUCGGUCAAGAAUUAG